CCAACCGCUUCCCCCAGCAAAUGUUGAAGAACCUGAGUGAGUCAGCGGAGCUGCAGCAGCAGUUUCACCUCUUCCAGCUGCAGCAGCUGGACAAAUGUCUGCUGGAGCCGGAUGCAAGGCAGGAGGACCCAGAAGAUGAGGUGAUGGAGGAGGAGCCUUCCCUGCUGGCAGUGGAGCCAAAACUGCAGGUGCUGGCUCUGUCCCCACGCUGCUGGACCAUCUCUUCACUCUGCCAUCUGGAUGACCCCGGCCGGUUUUUCCCACCACCUCUUGCCUCCUACCUGGCCAAGUUCACUGACUUCUACACAAAGA